AUGGCAGCAGAAAAGAAGGUCGCGGAGCAGAAGACGACGGACAAGUCGUCAGCAAGAGCAUGGGAGGGACUCACACCGGCGCUGUCGCCGUGGAUGCUGGACGCCAUUUCCAGCAUGGGCUUCCAGCGCAUGACGCCUGUGCAAGCAAGCACCAUCCCGCUCUUCAUGGGCCACAAGGACGUCGUCGUUGAAGCCGUCACCGGCAGUGGCAAGACUCUGUCCUUCCUCAUCCCCGCUGUCGAGCGUCUUUUGCGCGCCGACGAACCCAUCAAGAAGCACCAUGUCGGCGCCAUCAUCAUCUCCCCAACAAGAGAACUGGCCACCCAGAUCCACUCGGUCCUCGUGUCGCUACUACAGUUCCACCCUCCGUCAGCCGCCGCCCGACCGAAAGGUAUCGACGACGAAGACGAGGAAAUGACCGACGAAAACGCUCCCCCAAAACCCACCUUUCCUUCAUCGACUCCCAAAGUUGUACCGCAACUGCUUCUUGGAGGCACCACAACGCCCGCCCAAGAUCUGUCCGCCUUCAUCCGUACCUCGCCGAACCUCCUCAUCGCUACUCCCGGACGUCUACUAGAGCUGCUCUCUUCGCCCCACGUACAUUGCCCACAAUCUUCCUUCGAGCUUUUGAUCAUGGACGAGGCCGAUAGAUUGCUAGAUCUUGGUUUCAGCGAUACUCUACAAAAGAUCCUUUCGAGACUACCCAAGCAGAGGAGAACGGGUCUCUUCAGUGCGAGUGUGUCAGAAGCCUUGGACCAGCUUGUUCGUGUAGGUCUGAGAAACCCCGUCAAGAUUGCAGUCAAGGUCAAGAGUGCAUCCGGUGCUCAUGACAAGCGUACACCAGCCAGUCUGCAGAUGGCGUAUUUGGCGACUACUCCUCGCAUGAAGCUACCUGCCCUUAGCCGGCUGCUUACCCAACUUCCCUCGACGCCCCAAAAGACCGUCUUGUAUGUUUCGACGUGCGCAACUGUCGAUCACUACCAACACGUUCUUUCCGAAGUCCUUCCAAAGGAGUUCAGAGUCGUGCCUCUUCAUGGUAAACACCCGCCGAACGUACGUACCAAGAACUUUGGCAGAUUCGUCAACUCAAUCGAGCCGUCAAUUCUUCUCACCACCGAUGUCGCCGCGCGAGGCCUGGAUAUUCCCGCAGUCGAUCUCGUGGUACAACUAGACCCACCUAGCGACCCGAAAACAUUCCUUCACCGAUGCGGANCGCGCGGGAGAGCAGGAAGAAGAGGACUAGCAGUGACCUUUUUGAGCAAAGGCAAAGAGGAGGACUACGUUGAAUUCCUGCGUAUCCGAAAGACACCUAUUUCAGUUCUUACAACACCGACGAUUGNNGAAGCGACAGAAGAGGAGGCCAACGAAACGACACAAAAGAUCCGGGAGGUGCUAAAGUCAGACCGAGCGCUACAUGACAAGGCACAGAGAGCGUUCGUGAGUUGGGUGCAAGCAUACAGCAAACACUCGGCGAGCAGUAUUUUCCGAGUGCAGGAUCUGGACUGGGAGGAGUUGGGACACAGCUGGGGUCUUCUACGACUACCAAGAAUGCCGGAGCUGAAGAAGUUCCAAGGAGACAAGUUGCUUGGGCAGAAGAUUGAGUGGGACACAUUUGCAUACAACGACAAGAAGCGAGAGGAGCACAGAUUGGAAGAGCUGGAAAAACUAAAGGCUAAUGGAGGGCCGGCGAACAAGAGGGCAGGUGACGGCAAGACCAAGGAAGAGAGGAGGAAGGACAGGGCGUGGACGGCACAGAAGGAUGCAAAGGCGACAAAGGAGCAGCGGCGCGAGAUCAAGCUGGCACGCCGCGAGCACGAGAGGCAGAAGACGCUCACGGCCGAAGAGAAGAAGAAGGAAGCCGAGCUGCAAGCCAUGAUUGAGGCAGUACGAGCAAGAGGAGAGCCGGAGAGCGAGUUUGAAGGGUUCGACGAUUGA